AUGAAUGCACUUCUCUCAUCACGACUGCGAGGGUCGCCAACAAUCGCGUGCCAGAGUCCACCCUCGGUGCAAGUCCAAGCCGGACGAACCUCGACCUUGGAGAGGUUGCCAGCCGAAGUUCUGCUGUGUAUCGUCUCCCUUUUGCCAACGAGCUCUGUCGCCUGUAUGAGCCUGACCUCAAAAUGGAACCACGAAGCCCUCUUCGACCAAUUUGAUCCAAAAUGGCGAGACAACGAUACAGAAAAAGCACGCUUCCUUCGGCUUCUAGAGGAGGACUUACCCGAGAUGAUGGUAUGCUGCAGCUGCAAUAUUCUGUACCGUUGGGAGAAAUCAUCGCGGUAUCUAUGUCCUAACCGUCAUAACCGCCAUGACCACACGUUGUUGAAGCGUGGCGCACCUUGGUGCUUUACCCACGAACCCGUCCUGAUCUAUCGUAAUGUGGUCGACGCGUUCCUGAGAGGAUUUGCCAAAGGCUCGCGAUACGGUCCGCAGCUCGAAGAACUAAAUCACACCUGCCAGUCGAAUGUCGUUGCACUCUUUCCCGAGGGCGUGUGUAUUAACAAGACGAUUGACGCUCGCGUUGUCAGAGGGAAGCUUUUACUUCACAGUGUUCACAACCUAUCCGUAUCAUUACUAGCUCAACCAUCGAGCCCUCUGAUUUCACGAGUCGAUCUAAGUCAAAUUGUCUCUAAUAGACUUUUAUCUGCAAUCUAUAAAUUCACCGCCAGAAUCGGCUGUACUCAUACUCCAGACAGAGUCCCCGCGGUCAUUUUAUAUGCGUUCCGGCUCCGGGUAGGCUGUUCCGGCGACCGAACGAGAAGCCUGGAUCUGUUGAGCUGUGGUCGCUGCGCCACCGACCUGCGAGUCCGGGUGGAACUGGACUGCGGCGGUACGUGCGCCCAAAUUGAAGUCGAGAUAUGGCAGUCUUUUGGAGGUCGAGGCUCUGACAACAGGGACGAGGCAGAGGAUGCACAUUUCUCUGAAGAACCUAUGAUAGAUGAGCCCUUCGAUAUUAAUCAUCCUCCUGUUCGCGACCUGGAGAAAGUGUUCAAAGGAGGAGUUAAAGGAGAGUGCGCAGGGUUGUGGUCCCCAAAUCAGCCUCGAAGUCGCCAGAGCUGGAUCCAGUUGUGGAAGUGGCACUAUGACCCAAUCAUGGCUCAAUUGCGCAGAUACGGUGUCCCCUGCAAUGAUGACAGGAUGCCAGCUCGAAUUCAAGACCAGGCGCUGCCCUUGCAAUGGUGA